CAACUCACAGCCCCCUAUAAAUACUCCCAGCCCUGACACCUGCAGUACACACCCACUACCAGACACAAGGACAAGACACAAGCUAUCUUAAACAGCCUAUAGCCCGGUCAUGAAGGUCUUCGUGGUGCUUGCGCUUGCUGUUUUCACUGGCUGCGAUGCCAAUGUUCUGUGGCAGGACCAGUCUAAGCAACAGCUGGACAUUGUGAAAGACGCAUUCUGGGACUAUGAUGCCAAGGCAACACUCACGGCUGACGAUGCCCUGCAGAAGAUCAGAGAGUCAGAGGUGGCACACGAAGUCAACACCAGGAUCACAGAGAGUGCUGAUGCUGUGAGCCAGUACACUGUGGCCAUGCGUGGUCAGGUGACUCCUCUGACUCAGGACCUACUGGCCAAGCUUUCCCAGGAGGCUGAGCAGCUGAAGGCUCGUCUGGAGAAAGACCUGAGCACCAUGACAGCCAAGCUGCAGCCCUACUCUGACGAGCUGAACGCGGACCUCCAGAGGCAGCUGGAGGAGAUGAAGAGGGACGUGACCACCUACGCAGAGGCCCUGGACUCUGACGCGCUGAAGGCCUCUCUGCUCCAGAAGAGUGAGGAGCUGAAGGGAAACCUGGAGAAGAGUGUGCAGCAGCUGCAGGCCCAGUUGGGCCCUUACACUGAGGAGUUGAAGCAGAAAAUGGACCAGAACCUGGAGGAGUUCCAGAGGAGCAUGAUUCCUCUGACCCAAAGCUUCCAGACCCAGCUGACCCAGAGAACCCAGGAGGUCCAGCAGAACCUGGCCCCCUAUGGAGAGAAGCUGAAGAAGCUGGACCCAUUGGCCCAGGACCUGAAGGCCCAACUGGCUGUUCUCUGGGACUCCUUCACCAAGAAGAUCCAGUAAUCGGACCGAUUAUACUUGGUCUCCUAGAACUGUGUACUGAUGAAUCAUUUUCCAUCAAAGUCCAAAAGGGGCAAUAUGUAAAUGUACUGGUACAUACCACUACUAGGUUGUUUCACUGUAUCAGUUAUGGGACUCUCCAUCUCCUGACCAAUAUCUACAUGUGACUCAGGACUAUAUUACAGUAUUACAGAAGCUGUUAGAGAAGAAAUGUAGGAUUCUAUCAACAAUAGAUUAUUCACAUCUACUGUUGCUCUCUUGAGAAAGGUCUCAAUUUCUUCAAGCAAACUUUCUCAUAUCUCAGCAUAUUUAUUUAUUUAUUGUCGGUAUUAUCAUGUGUGAUUUCAAUAAAUGAAACUCAAGAAUCUGAA